ACAAGUAGACAACAAGUGGACAACAAGUAGACUACAAGUAGACAACAAGUAGAGAAUAGAAAGGAGACAACGUUACCAUGAGUGCCUCUACAUCUGAUGCUGAUGCUAGUGCUAGUGCUAGUAGUGACAAUGCCAAAAAGCCGUUCCCUUUGAAAACGCGUGUGAUUCUACACAGUCUCAAGGCGGCUGAAUUCAACGACAAGAUCGGCGUAAUCCAGCAGAGCAGUCUGAACAGCGAAGGUCGUCAACAAGUUUAUAUCGAAGAGCUGGACAAGACCGUGGCGCUCAAGCUCUCCAACCUCAAGUAUCAGCCAAGGGACAUGGACUCGCUCAGCAACAAAGAAUUAAAGACCAUUCUGAGACAUAGACAAGCGGUACUCAAGUUCCAAGGAAUGGACAAAAGCGAUCUUCAAGCACGACUCAAAGAAUUAACGACAGAUCCCAUUCAAAUUGCAGAGUGGCUCGCAGUGGGAAAUGCGGGGUCUGCAGGUGGUAGCACUAGUAGUGCCAAUGACAGCACUGCAACAAGUACUACUUCUAGUGGUGCUGCUGGCCUGGACCAACUAGACAACAUGACUCCCCAGCAGUUGCGCCAACAAGCCCAAAUGAUGCGUUCCAUGCCACCUGCCACCAUCCGAUCUAUGAAUCCUCAGCUGGCUGGAAUGUCAGACGCACAAAUCCAGCAAGCAGCCACACAAAUGGAAAUGAUGGCAAACAAUCCUGCAGCCAUUCAGAGAAUGAAGCAACAAAUGAAAAACAUGUCUCCUCAGCAGCAGCAGCAAAUGCAAACCAUGAUGAACAACAACCCCACCGCUAACAACACCACCCCUAACACGGCCCCUACGCAACAAGAAAUGCUCGCCAACAUGACUCCUGAACAACUACGCCAACAAGCACAAAUGAUGAAGUCCAUGCCUCCAGAUACCAUUCGGGCCAUGAAUCCACAACUCGCCAACAUGACAGAUGAGCAAAUUAAACAGGCGGCUACCCAGUUUGAAAUGAUGGCGGCUAACCCGGAUCUCAUGAAAAUGGCAACGGAACAAAUGAAAAAUAUGUCUCCACAGCAAAUGCAGCAAAUGAUGAACUCACCCAAUGCCGGUGCUGCCGAUCCAAACUCACUCAAUCCAAUGGCCAUGGGAAUGGCAAACAACAAUAGCAACAGCAACAACGCUGGAAUGACCAUGGAUCCCUCACAAAUGCUUGAAAACAUGGAUACAGCACAAAUCAAGUCCAUGAUGAAAAUGAUCAAAGACAACCCGGAAAUGCUAGAGCAAAUGGCGGCACAGUCGGGAACAUCCAAGGAAAAUUUACAAAAAAUGAUUAACAUGUUCUCGGACAUGUCGGAUCAACAGCUGGAGUCUUCACUCAAAACAAUGGCAAAAGUACAAAAGGUCUCUUCCUCGGUACAGAAUGCUUGGAAAUACACGGAUCAACUGGUCGGAGGAAAACUCAAAUUCGUUCUCAUUGCCAUGGGGGUACUCCUCGUACUCUUCCUCACGCUAUACCUUUUGGGAGGGGCUCCUGACGAUAAUAAUACUACCGCUGCCAAGGCACAAAAAGUCAUUCAAAAGGCUGCAGCUGAAAUUGUGCCACAGGCAACACCACACGAAGAAGAGAUUGCCGAGUCCAUUGAAGAUGAAUUCAGUGAGUUCUAGGAAAUCAAAUCAAAUCAAAUUGACAAUCUACAAAUCGAAUAACAAAACUGAAACAAAAAGACAGUCUCUAUAGAUAGGAACGAAUCGAAUUGAAGCUACAUUGCGGGGCUACCAUGCAUACCGGUAGAGUUGGCCCUUGUUGUUGUGUUUCUUCAUUUUGCAGCCGUGGGGGUAGCUCAUAGAUAUACAGCGUAUAACUGUCUUAGAAAUCUAUUGGUCGUAUCUU